CCUUGCCCGUGGAGCGGACCCCUUCCUCCCUGGCAGGCCUUCAGCAGGGAGAGCCUGCAGCCCCAUGGAGUCGGCUGUGUUGAAGCUGCUCCCGCCAGACCCCGGGGACCAGGGAACGCAGAGAUGCAGGCUGGGCCCGGCCGCGCUGUCCGCUCUGGGCGCCAGGAUCGGCUCCCCGCUGAGCGUCGCUGCCCCCGGAGGCUGCUGCCUGUGCACGGCCUGGCCCCGCGCCGACCUGGCCGACGGCUUCCUGCAGCUGGAUCCCAAGUGCGCCACCCCGGGCUUCGCCACCGGCUGGUCAAGGGGUGGGCCCGCGGCGCUGCGGCUCAGCUGCCUGCGGCUCCUGGCGGGGCAGCGCCUGCGAAGAGUCUCAGUGAAAGUGGUGCUGAAGAGCCUGGCGCUGAAGAGGGCCGCGCCGGCCGCGGUGCUGCAGGAGGUGGCCCGGGAGCUGCUGAGGAACGUGUAUGUAGCUGUGGGGUACGUGGUGGAGGCUGCCCCGAGCCCCGUCUGCCCGGUGGUUUGCGUGGAGGUCCUUUCUCUAGAUCCCCCAGCAGAGGAAGCCGGCCUUGUCACUGCCAAGACGAGCAUCCACGUGAAAGAAGUAGUCACCCUAGAGCGGUAUCGGCCUUCCUCGCAGGCCACCCAAAAGGUUUGCGUGGCUGGGCUGGACGACGUGAGCAGGUUGCUGAAAGAAAUUGUGGACUGGCCUUUGCGUUUCCCCCAGACCUUCCAGAAGCUGGGCUUUUCGGCCCCCCCUGGCGUGCUGCUGGUGGGCCCGCCCGGGGUGGGCAAGACUCUUCUGGUGAAGGCCCUUGCCAGGGAAGUGGGCGCUUGUCUGCUUUGCAUCAGUGGCCCAGCUGUAUGCGGCUCCAGGCCCGGAGAAAGCGAAGAGAAUUUGCGAGCGGUUUUUGCACAAAGCAGACAGAUGUCAUGUGAAGGCCCGACUCUUCUCUUCAUCGACGAGAUUGACUCUUUGUGCCCAAGACGAGGAGGAAGUGCAAACAACGCUCCUGAAAAUCGUGUUGUCGCUCAGUUGCUAACGCUUAUGGAUGGCAUAGGUGGGGAAAAUAAGAUGGUCAUUAUGGCAGCAACAAAUAGGCCUGAUGCUUUAGAUCCAGCACUGAGAAGACCUGGCAGAUUUGACCGAGAGGUUAUCAUUGGGACGCCAACACUUAAGCAGAGAAAGUCUAUUCUACAGUUGAUUACUUCUAACAUGCCUGUCUCUACUGAUGUUGAUUUGCUUAACCUGGCAGAAAUAACGACUGGAUAUGUUGGAGCGGACCUUACAGCACUCUGCCGAGAGGCUGCCAUGCAGGCUGUGUUCCGCUGCUCUCAUAUGGAUUUGGAUCAGAUUUUGAUUAAUACAGCAGAUUUCUGUAAAGCUUUCCGAAAGAUUCGACCAUCCUCCUUUCGAAGUGGUAUUGGACUAACAGACUUCAGACCUGUUACCUGGGAACAAAUUGGCGGUCUUGAGGAUGUGAAAUUGAAGUUAAAACAGAGUAUAGAGUGGCCUAUGAAGUUCCCUCAGGCUUUUGUUAGGAUGGGACUGUCUCAUCCAAAGGGUAUCCUCCUUUAUGGGCCAUCAGGAUGUGGCAAAACGACACUGGUAAAGGCUGCGGCCACAAGCUGCCAUUGUUCCUUUCUUUCUGUGAGUGCUGCUGACCUUUUUUCACCUUACGUUGGAGACUCAGAGAAGAUUUUGGCCCAGGUUUUUCGCCAAGCAAGAGCAAAUGCUCCAGCAAUAGUAUUCCUGGAUGAGAUUGAUUCUAUCUUAAGAUCCCGGUCACUCUGCAAAUCUGGACAUGGUGUCCCAGAGAGGGUUCUUUCUGUCCUUCUCAAUGAAUUAGAUGGUGUUGGCCUGAAAGUCACAGAGAGCAGAGGAAGUUAUAAACAGCUCGAGGGUGAAUGUCAAGAGCAAAAUGAAAAAGAGCAAGAGCUAGAGUUUCAAGAAGUUUUGAACAAAGAUGUUAUGGUAGUUGCUGCAACAAAUAGACCAGACAUGUUGGAUGAUGCCUUGUUGCGCCCUGGAAGGUUAGACAAAAUGAUCUAUAUUCCACCGCCAGAUCAGAAGGGAAGGCUUUCUGUUUUCAAAAUCUGCACUGAAAAAACUCCACUGGCUUCAGAUGUGUCAUUAGAAGACUUGGCAGUCCAGACUAAACUUUUCUCUGGAGCUGAUAUUGGAAAUCUUUGCAAGGAGGCUGGCUUGUUGGCAUUACAAGAGAAUGGACUUGAAGCAACUGAAGUGAAACACGAGCACUUCAUAAAAUCACUGAAGAUUGUAAAACCAUCAUUAACCCUCAAAGAUUUAGAUUUUUAUGGAAAAUUUUAUAAACAGGAGUUACCAGCUUAAAUAAAAAACACUGGAUAUAACAAGAAUUUCUGGAAUAUGAAAUGCAUGAUAAAUGAAUGAUUUUGUAUGGAUUCUUUUAAAAAAUGAAAUUCAAAGGAAGAAAACUUUCUUAGGUUCACAGUUUCCCAUUGUGAUGCAUGCAGAAAGGGUUUAAAAGGUCUGUACUGCUUAUUUUUUUAGUUUACAAAUUUAAGUGUAGUUUUCCUGACUUUGUUUAAGGAAUUGUUGAGGUCUUCACAUACACUAUACGUGGAAAACUGUUUAAACGACGGCAUAGGAACACUAGCAAAGAUUUGUUUUACUUGGAAUCAGCAAACUUAUUUAAGACAGUCUGAAUAAAAAUUGCUUCUCAUCACAAAUCCAGAUGACUACCUGUACUGUGAUUCCGUGACAAUUUUACCCCCUUCCCCAUGGUCCAUAGAUUGUCUAGGGGAAAAAUUAACCUUUCAGGCCACACUUACCCUACAUUAAGGAAGUGAACAUAAACACAAACUUCAUUUUCUUUUGCCGUUUAACUUCUCCACAAAGGUAUGUGUAAUUCAUGACUUAAAAUCUGAAUUGUCCCAAUGGACUGAUGCUCACAUUAAACCUGUCCUUUGUAUUCCUUGCUUUUUAUAUUGUAUUUUUAUAUUCUGUUUAUAUAUAAUACCACUUAUUUUUGAAAGACUUGUAAUAUAAGAAAAAUGUUAAAAUAUAAAUUAUCUUAAGUUAACUCAUGUCUUAUUACCAAACACUGUGUGUUUCUAGUUUCCCCCUUGACAUCUUUUAUUGUAGGAAAUAAACUUAAGUGGAAUAUUUGCUUAA